GAAAAGGUGAAAGAUGGGAACUCCAGUUGAAAGGCUCAGGAAAGACACCGUACUCAAGGUCUGGUGAUGGACGGGCUGUGAUUCGCUCCUCUGUGAGGGAGUUCCUGUGCAGUGAAGCCAUGCAUUUUCUGGGGCUUCCCACAAGCAGAGCCCUCAGUCUGGUUGUAAGUGAGGAGCCUGUAUGGAGGGAUCAGUUUUAUACCGGCAAUGUCAUAAAAGAAAGAGGAGCGGUUGUUUUGCGCCUGGCCAGGUCCUGGUUUCGUAUUGGUUCGCUGGAGAUAUUAACUAGAACCGGAGAGUUAGAUGUCUUGCGGACAUUAUUGGACUUUAUAAUUAAAGAGUAUUUUAAAUCUAUUGCGAUGAAUGACCCUGACAAGUAUGUGGUGUUUUUCUCUAGAGUGGUGAAUGAAACCGCACAUUUAAUCGCUCUCUGGAUGUCAGUUGGAUUUGCGCAUG